GAUUACCAGAAUGACAGUAACAUAAAGAGGAAGACAAACAUGAAUGUGUUAGGGCAAACAGAAGGGAUACUUGGAAUCCCUAUGGUUUUCAAUGGUCUGCUGGUCUGCAGCAUGCGUCUGUCUAGUGGUUUACCUCUUGCAAGUAAUUUUUGAGCCUGAGGGUAAGGCCGAGCUGCUGAGGUACGAUCGCUCAAUUUUCUAAAUUUGUACACAGCAUUCAGGCCUCAGAUUGAAAUAAGAUGCUUCAGUGUGGAUUAUCAUCUGUUUGUUUUCAGGUGUUAAUUUUGCUAGUGUCCUCUUCCCAGUUGUUUGGUACCAUACUUACUGGUGGUGGCAGUCAGCAUUGCCUGUCACCAAAUAAUUUCCAUUCAACUUCAGAGUGUGGCCCUUUAGGUAUUCAGUCUCCAUCUGAGGUGUCUGAGGUAUCUCCAGUAAAAGGGACAGAGGAGAAUUAUUGGUGGAAUGCCACAAGCGUGAAGCUUGAAUUUAAUAUGGAGAACAUUGUGGCCAACCUAUUUAUUAUUCCACAGCAGUUUUUCCUGUUGUUUAAAUAUAUGUAUUCCAUCAUGAGUUUAACCAUUUACAGUGUGUAUGAUGUAUUGCACUAUUGUGCUAUUAUGCCUACCAGCUACCUUCAGAGUAUUUUAUUCAAACAACUUGCAGUAUUGGUUCUUCCCUGUUUUUAUGGCUUAUCAAUGGUGCUUUUCUCUUGGCUGCUUGUUUAUUAUGAUAGCACAAUCCCUGGAGUUUUCCCUCCUACUCCUAUUUCACCAAAAAAGCACAGGUUGCAAUCUGGCCACACCUUUCAUCUCGGGUACUUACUUGGUCUCAUCAAUGGUAUCAUUGUUUUUGGCAUUACGUUGUGGCAACAAAUGAUGCAUUGACAGAAUAGCUCUUCGUAGCACCUCGUCCCAUAUAUCAUGUACCACUAGUCUCGGAACGUUUAAGCACUAUUAGUUAUUUUUCCUUGAAAACUGUGUUCCUUCGCCACUAAGCCAGAUUCCUAUAACGCCAUAGCAUUUAGUGGUUUCCAAUGCUGUUUAGCUACUAAGUGAGCUUCUUUUCCCUGUAUGCAACCUUAGUGAGCUUCCGCUGCCCCAUCUCAUCUUCGCGUUGUUUUCUAUAAUUGAAAAAAUAUGCCAUGAAUAAUGCUAAUUUAAAAUACAUAUUUAUCUUGGAUUUGAA